ACGGACCACCACCUCCAGACAACGUCUAUUGGCUUGGCCCCGAGUCCUCCGAAGGCGGGAUGGUCGGUCGGAUACGGAAGCCGGCUCGGCGGGGGAGGGGGAAACCUUCCACCUGAAGUCGGGCUCGCUGCCGGGAGGAGGCGCCUCUGGUCUCGAUGGCGGCGGAAGGUGGCAGCGGCGAUGGCAGCAGCAUGGCGGGGAAGGAGCCCGACGGGGUCACCUACUACCGGCUCGAGGAGGUGGCGAAGCGCAACUCGGAGAAGGAGAUGUGGCUAGUGAUCCACGGGCGAGUCUACGACGUCACCCCCUUCCUGGGCGAGCACCCAGGUGGAGGAGAGGUUCUGAUGGAACAAGCUGGUCGGGAUGCGACUGAAAGCUUUGAAGAUGUGGGGCACUCCCUCGAUGCCAAGGAAAUGCUCAAACAGUACUACAUUGGGGAAGUCCAUCCGAGUGACCGUAAAGAAGGAUCUGAGGAUUCAAGUUCAGUGUGCAAAAGCUUCUGGUCAAAUUGGCUUAUUCCUAUAGUGGGUGCCAUCCUCUUAGCUGUCAUGUAUCGUUUUUAUGUGGCGGAGAGCAAAUUGUCCUGAGCUGGCCUCAUUGGAAUCUGGAAAGUGAACACACUAGAGCGAGAGAAGAUUUGCGGUCCUUCUCUGGUAGGACUGCUGGAUCCCCCCUCUUUGAAUCCUGCCAAUCAUAUUGCCCCCCUGCUAAGUCACAAUGGGCCUGCCAGCCAGCCACCUGAACUGGCCACCUCUGAACUGGGACAUCGUGCCUCAUCAUACGGUUGCAAUGCCUUAUUCGCAUCACUCACUGAGCAUUCCAUUCCCUCACACUCACUGAGCCCGUCCUUUCUUCCUGAAGUUUUUGUAAAUAACUCUUCAUUCCACAAUUUUCUGUCAGCCAGUUCAGGGAAGUGGAGAAGUCCUUUGAAUGUGUAUAUGUAAAACAAUUCUUUGAUUUUAUAGGAAAAACAAUACUGUCUGUUUCCAGUGUCUUUCAAUAAAAAUGUCUGCCUCUGGCACUUUGAACUUAGUAGGCAUUCUCAAAAGAAGGGCAGCAAAAUACCUGGUUUUGAGGAGGAGAGAAUGUUAAUUCUUUUUUCUCUGUAUAUUGGUAGCUACUUUUAAGCAAAUACCAAUUUUAAAAAUUACAGUCUAACUUAAUUCCAUUAAUUUUGUUGAUUCUGCAUUAUUUAUUUUAAAUAGAAGUGCUUAACUACUGUUACCUAGUACACAAUUUUCCAAAUUGACAUUUUUGAGGAUAAUGUUGGAUCUUCAUUUCCCCACAAGAGUUAACACUUGGCUUCUGUGGUCCCAGUGUUUUCUCUUUUUAAAGUGGUGUUUGGAAUAAUCUAGUCUUUCCUUUGGUGGAUGAGUGGAGUCAUUUAGGCUCUGAUGAGUUCAUAUGAACCUUGAGGGACACCUGGGUGUGGAGGUGGGGAGGAAGUGAUAAUGGAUUUGGAUGAAUAAGGUUCUGAGGUACUACUCUGGCCAAGUGGUUUGAGGAAACAGUAACCAUUCCUUUAGCUUGAUAGCAUUUUUUGAGGGGGUCUAUUAAAAAACAAUAGCAUAUCUAAGUUCAGAGUUAGUCUGGUGAGCUUUCUCAGGGUAUUUGUUUAAUUUAGUGGAUUUUGAAGGGAUCCUGAUUGCUUAAGAGACUGUGACUCCAAAUGUAUCCAUGACAUUUGGGAUGAGAAAUAAUUGGUACAAUAAUACGGCUUUUUCGGGUAGGGUAAAUAAGAGAAAAUGUUUGAUUUUAUGCCUCUCUCUUUCACCUCUGUGGCUCCCAGAUAUUUGUAACUAUUCCUGUUGGAAUGUACUAGAAUAAAAGAGACAUCCUGGUUUU